AUGGACCUCACAGAAGAGCUGGGGCAGUUGGACCUGCUGACCACCGAUGGACCAUUCACCAUGAAGGAGAUAACACAGAUCAUCUCUGACCUAAAGAAGGACAACUUCAACCUCAGACUCCGCAUCUUCUUCUACGAGGAGCGGCUGCAGCAGAGGUGUGAUGACUCUGUUGAGGAAAUGUACAAAACAAACAUUGACCUGAAGGUAGAGGUUGAAACACUGAAAGAGGAAAUGAAGGAGCUGCACAGGGUCUCUGCCCUUGCACUUCAAGAUUACCCAGAGCAGAUGGAGCAGCUCCGAGAGUACUACAACACCAAGAUCCAGCAGCUAGGAAAGGAUCUGGAUUCAUCCAGAGUGGAGGUGGGGAAGCUGCCAACAAUGUUGGAGCAGGAGAGGACGCAUUGCCUGGAGAUGGAGAAGGAGCUUCAGGGGGAGGUUCACUCCCAAUCUGACAUAUCCACACAGACUGACCAUUCCCAGUUGGACACCCCCACCCAGCCUGAACACUCCCAGUCCGAUGCACCCACACAGACUGACCCCCUAUCCAAGGAACAGGAACCAGACCAGAACCCGGAGAAGUUCCAGGACCUACUCAGUCUGCUGGAGGAGAGAGACUGGCUGAUAGAGCAGCUGCAGGCGUCUGUGAAGUCCCAGGAGGCUCUAAUAGACCAGCUGAGAUACAGUAGUGCUGGCCAGGGUAGCGGAGACCAGCCAUCAGCUGACCCUGACCGCCAGCUGUCAUCUCUCAUUGCUCAGAGAGAGAUGGACCUGCAGGAGAUGCAGGAUGUGAUGGCAGAGAAGGAUUUCCAGCUGGCUGAAUGUGAGUUUAAAGUCAAGGAGCAGGAAGCCGCCAUCCUGAAACUCAACCGCAAAAUACAUGAGAAAGAUAGUGAGAAGAAAAAAGCUGUUCGGUCAAGCGAUGGCGUGACAGACACGAUAGGCCAGCUUCAGGCAUGUCUGCGGGAGAAGGAGAAAGAACUGCUGACCCUCAACAAUCUGCUGUUUAGCCAUGAGGAUACAAUCCAUACUCUUGAGAAUGAGCUGGCCAAUGAGAAGGUCAAAUAUGACUCAAAGACCAAGGAGCUCCAGGAUGCUUUGGAACAGUCCAAUGAAGAGAUGGCAGAGAAAGACUUCCUCCUAACAGAGAAAGAGAUUCAUAUGAAGGAGCUGGAAGCUGCCGUAAAGACAUUCAACUGCACACUGCAGGAAAAAGAUAAAUUGCUACAGGAGGGCCAUGUGUGCACAUGCCCUGACAUUACCACUGGUCACCAUCAGGAAUCAGUGUUUCAGCAGCAGGUUGAAAAGGUGAAGGAGAAUUCUGAGAGAGCCAGGGAAGAGCUGCUGUCUGUGGUAGAGCAGAACAACAGGGAGAUUGAGCGUCUUCAGAAGGCUCUGCUGGACAUCCAAACACACCCGCCUGCCCAAGAAGGUCUCCUGUCUCACAUCCAAGAUGCUAUAAAUAGUGUGGAUGCUCUGAUGCGACAGCGAGACAUAGAGAUGGCUCAGACCAGGGAUGUGUUUAACCGUCUGCAGGGAGCCAGGCAGGAGCUGGAGGAGAGCCUGUGCCAAACACUACAAGACAAGGACAGGUCCUUUGCACACCUACAGGUCACUCUGGACAGGAAGAACAAGGACAUGGAGGUCAUGGCUGGUCAGUUCCACAGCCAGAUGGAGGAAAGCAACAGGGAGCUAGAACGACUGGAGCAGAGACUGAGAGAGACAAAGGGCAUGUUGGCUCAAACCAAUGCAGAUAAGCAGAGCCAGCUGACUGACCACCAACUCACAGUGGAAGAGAUCCAGUCUGCCACCAGUAUCAAUGCUCAAGUGCUAAAGUCUUUAGAGUCAGUGAUGAAGGGCUUGGACCAGGAGCUCCAGGAGAAAGACUAUAUCAUAUCCCAGCUGCAGGAGGUUGUCAAUAAGAACUCAGAGGAUCUAGAGAUCAUGGUUGGCCGGUUGCAUAGCCAGGCUGUGGGUAGCAACAAAGAGCUGGAACAACUUGAACAGAGGCUAAAAGAGACAGAAGCCAUUUUGCUUCAGACAACCCAGGAAAAGGAGACACAGAUGACAGACCAUCAACUUGAAAUUGAGAAACUGCAGGGUGAAGCUAAAGACAGCAACAGGAAGUUGGAGCAGCUGGAGGAGAAACUCAAGGAAAUGGAGGACAUUUUGUCUCAUACCGCUGGCAAAUAUCUGCAGGACAAUCAACUUACAGACAGGAAACUGCAGGGUCAAGCGGAGGACAGAGACAGGAAGUUGGAGCAGCUGGAACAGAAACUCAAGGAGACUGUGGACAUUUUGGCUCAGAUCACUGACGAUAAGGACAAACUGUUGCUAGAAAAUCAACUGGCAGAACAGAAACUACAGAGCCAGACUGAGGACAGUAGUAUGAAACUGGAGCAACUGGAUCAGAUGUUGAAAGAGAAGGACCUGCUGUUCAUGCAGAGCACAGCAGACAAGGAGAUACAGCUGACGAACUACAAACUCACAGUAGAGAAGCUAAUGUCUUACAUCACCAUCAAUGAACAGAUGUUCAAGGAGUUGAGAGAACAUCACAGACAGAUUCUGGCCAAGCAUACGCUGGAGCUUGAGGACUAUGGGAAGAGGCAGGAGAAGCUAUCCACAGCACAGAUUCAGAUCUCUGCCUCCCUGCAAGAAAAGUGCUCAGAGGUCUCUGAACUUAGACUCCUGACUGAGAGGGAGCAAGUCAUCAAGGGCCUGGAGCAUUUUGCAGUCCAAAGGGAGGGGGGGAGAACUAAUCCCUGUCAGAGAGAGACUCUAGACCCUGACAACCACACCAUCCCAGAGAACAGUGAAGUUCCUUCAACUGAGGCUGGCCCGGCCAAGUGUGAGAGGUGUCUCCAACUUUUGCAGAGGGAGAAUGGCAGUCUGCUGGUCAGACUGAGGGCUAGCAAGCGCCUCAACAAGACCCUGCGUAGCCAGCUGGACCUGUGCAGAUCCAUUAUGGCUCAGAGAGAGGGGAGUGAUGGACGCAGUUUCUCCCCUUCCAACUCACUCACAGUGGAAGAAGAAAUGAAGGAGCAGCUGCAGGAGAUCUUGAGGCUGAGACAGAGUCUGGAGGAGAGCAUCCAGGCAAACAGGAGGCUUCAGGAGCAUCUGAAGAACCAUAAGGCCCAGCAGGCAGCAACUCAGAUUGGAGCCCAGCAGGCAGGGACAGAGAUGGGCCAGAACCACCCAGGCGUGCAUGCUGAGUCAGAGAGACUGAAGGCGUCUCUGGUUGAGACAGCCUGUGAGCUCACACGGCUCCAGAGAGAGAGUGACAUGCUGAGGGAGGAGAGAGAGAGGCUGACAGAGGGGCUCGCACACUCUGAGGACAACAACAGGAGCCUGGAAAGCUCACUUAGCUCCACACAGGAAGAGAUAGACAGGUUGAAGGGAGAACUCGAUGCCUAUCAAAAACAGCUCACCAACAGCAAUGAGCUCCUCAAGUCAUUUUGUGAGGAGAUGCAAGGGUCCAAGCAGAUGAGGACAGCUGCAGUCAACCCCACUGCAUCAGAGUUUGGAGGCGGUCUCCCGGACAACCCCAAGCUAAAUCAACUCCUCUCUGAGAUCCAGCGAAUCAGAGCACAGCUUGCCGAUAAGGACACAAUACAGACUAAAGCCACAGAGGAGAAACACCCUGAGCAUUCUGGUUGGCCCGAGUGCCCUCCAAAGAUCAUCAACAUCAACUAUGUGGAGUGUGGAGCAUCCAGACAUUCAAGCAGGAGCAGUCCUUCAGGUACAAGGAGAAGAGAUCAUGCCAAGAAGGACAAUGACAACCUCUCACAAAGCAGCCUUACCUCCAGCAUAGAUGACUCGGUCCCAUCCUUAUUGAACAGUAGCCUAUCCUCACUGUGGGCAAAUGACAAGAGCCCUAAUGUCACUGGCCAGGAAGAUGAUUGCAUCAACCUGCAGAGACUGAUAUCAGAAGGGAAGACAAUGACCAAUAAGAUGAGUAGGCUACUACAGGAGUGCCACAACAACAACUCCAAUCCCACGUCACAGUCAGCAGUGGACCAGAAGUACAUCAAGCAUCUCUCAUCUACCAUCAGUGCCUGUCAUCUUCUGAGGCUCCAAGAGAGGCGUUCUCAGAGUGACUCUGUGAAUAUCUACCAGAGCCAAGAGGAUUUCUACUUGGAAAACCUGAAACUGAAGAAUAAAAUUGAGAUAAUGAAGAGGGAGCAAUCUCAAAACAAGAAGAUGCUUUCUGAGGCCGUCAAACGACUGAGAAGAGUGAACCUGGGGAAAGUAGAGAGAGUGACAAGGGGAUUGUCUGUACCAUAUGCGAAUGCCUCCUUGGAGCCCAACCAGGUGCAGUCAGUUGAGGACCUGUACACGGCCGAAGACUACAAGCCUCUGUCCCGAGAGCCCACAGAGGAGGAUCUUCAGUGA